AUGGCACCAACAGCGUUCCAGGCGCCCGUCCAAGAUGCCGCCAAGGAGGUGCUUGUGUCCAAGCUCCGCGAGCCCUCGGCGCCCAGCUCCUCUUCGUCUCCAGUGCCGAGCCUCGGCAGCUUGACCAUCGCCUCCUCCGCUACUGCAUCAGCCUCGACAGAAUCACAAGCAUCACCCAGCGAUAUCGAAACCGUAACCAUGUCGGAUCACACUUUCGAAGCGCCGCGCAAGCGCAUCGUCUCGCCGGCUUCACUGCAACGAUUCGAAAGCUCUGGUGCUUUUGCCGAGAUCCUCGCUUUCAUUCGGGUUUGCAACACCAGCGUAGUUGGCAAGAUGCUGACGGACGAUAUCGAGGUAUCGCCUGCAUGUCGCGCCAUCCUCGACGCGCUGGAAGAGGUCAAGGCGAUUCGCCAAGCCACGCCUCCCGACGCCUCCAUCGGCUCCUCCCGAUUUGGCAAUCCUGCCUUCCGCACCUUUUACGCAAAGAUUCGCGACGCCAACGACAGGCUGCAUCGCUCCAUCCCAGAUCUGGACGGCGACUCGGACACAGCAGCAGCAGCUCGCUCGGAACUCGCCGUCUACUUCCAAGAAAGCUGGGGCAACGAGAAGAGGAUCGACUACGGCAGCGGCAUGGAGCUCAACAUGGCUUGUUGGCUUCUCUGCUUGUGCAAGCUGCGCAUCCUACGCUUACCAGAAGACGGCCCGGCGAUUGUGCUACGCGUAUUCUGGAGCUACAUCCAGGUGAUGCGCGACAUCCAGUCCUCCUACUGGCUCGAGCCUGCAGGUAGCCACGGCGUGUGGGGUCUCGACGACUACCACUUCCUUCCCUUCCUCUGGGGCGCCGGCCAGCUCAGCAACCACCGCCAUCUGCGUCCCAAGGCCAUCCACGACGCCGAGAUCGUCGACGAGUUCGCUCCCAAGUACAUGUACCUCGCCUGCAUUCAGUUUAUCAACUCGGUCAAGACCGCCUCGCUCCGCUGGCACUCGCCCAUGCUCGACGAUAUCUCGGGCGCAAAAUCUUGGGCCAAGGUCAACGAGGGCAUGAUCAAGAUGUACCGCGCAGAGGUGCUUAAGAAGCUGCCCAUCGCACAGCACAUCUUCUUUGGCAGCCUCCUCCGAUUCCCCGAGGCGGCUCCAGGCGAGAUCGAGGAGGACGACGUCGAGGAGGAUGCACACGGCCACAUUCACCCGGCAGGCCACGCACACGGCACCGGCGAGGGUCAGGCGGCAGGCUGGGGCGACUGCUGCGGCAUCCCCAUCCCCAGCGCAUUCGCAGCAGCCGAGGAGGAGAAGAAGAAGCGCCAGCAAGGUUUCAGCUCCACUAUGCUGGGUGAGAAGCCGUUUGGCUCCGGAGUGCGUCGCAUUCCCUUCGACUGA